AAAAUACAGCUAACAUACACACCAGUAAGGCUGCAUAUUCAUCUCAUACUGUGAAAUUCAGGCAUCCGGGGAGCAAUAGUCAGGCUGCAUAUUCAUCUCAUACUUUGAAAUUCAGGCAUUCGGGGAGUAAUAGUCAGGCUGCAAAUUCAUCUCAUACUGUGACAUUCAGGCAUCCGGUGAGCAAUAGUCAGGCUGCAUAUUCAUCUCAUACUGUGAAAUUCAGGCAUCUGGGGAGCAAUAGUCAGGCUGCAUAUUCAUCUCAUACUGUGAAAUUCAGGCAUCCGGGGAGCAAUAGUCAGGCUGCAUAUUCAUCUCAUUCUGUGAAAUUCAGGCAUCCGGGGAGCAAUAGUCAGGCUGCAUAUUCAUCUCAUACUGUGAAAUUCAGGCAUCCGGGAAGCAAUAGUCAGGCUGCAUAUUCAUCUCAUACUGUGAAAUUCAGGCAUUCGGGGAACAAUAGUCAGGCUGCAUAUUCAUCUCAUACUGUGAAAUUCAGGCAUUCGGGGAACAAUAGCCAGGCUGCAAUUAAAUAUUAA